GCUCGGCUAUUUCACUGGCUGGCUGUUUUGUGUUGAUUGAAUGCUUAUCUGUUUUCACGCAGUCUUUACCGUUUUCUCCAGUCUCUCAGUCGGUUUUCUUUCAUUUUAGGCUUUUCUUAGUUAUGUGUUAUGGUAGCAACAUCGUAGUUUUGUCGUGUAGAUAAUGAACACUUUCAUGUUUCGAGAAACAUUUCGUGAAAAAGGAAGAAGUUGGAUUCACUUUUAUUUCUUAACAUGUGAUCAUGGAUGUAAAUAAUUAUUAAUGUAUUUCAAACAAAAUGGACGUGAAAGGCUCUAUUAGUGGAUGUGUUGUGAAGUGACUCCUUUUUUGGUUCUUUGCCUUUUACGACUUUUUUAUGUGAAGACAGACUGACAUUCAAGCAAAUACACUAAACACUUGCUCGAGAAAAAAAAACGUCGCGUGACGUGCUACAUGAUGUGCCAAGAAAAUAUUACGUCACAGCUGUCAGGUCUGCACCUAAGCAAAGGAAAAGGAUCCUAUCCACGUAUCAUGACUUGAAUCUCUGCAGAACUUCACACUGAAUGUGAUAAACAGCUAGGGCUAUUUAAUUAAUUUUCCACUUGUUUCCUAACCAGCCCCGGUUCCUCUAGUUUUAACGUCAAUUAACAAACCAAAGCCAAUAUUUUAAAAAAGUGUAUAGGGUCUCGAUAGAAACGUAAUACGAAAUUAUAUAUUUUUCUUAACCAAAGCUAGUCUAAGAUGUCGAAUCAAAUGCCGAUUUAUAGUCAAGUAGUGCCGAAGUCACAGUUCAAAGGUAAGAAUUCAAAAGGGAUGGCCACACGGGAGUCGAGGGGUCAGAAUCUAGCGAGGGCGGACUUUGACCCUUUGAAUUUCAACCACGGCGGAAACAUACAGUUGAUGAAUGCGCCUUUAGAGAACAGAAUUGAGAAGUUAGAGAAGAGGGAGUCGAGAAGGAAGGAAGAAAGUAGCAGAUCGAGACGGAAAACUGACUCGAGUGAGGGAAAGGUGGAGGCUUAUUUAAGGCAGAACCAAGUCAGCAUGAGGCAGCAGCAGCACAGGCAUUCCGCUGUGAGGCAAGCUGAGCACAGAGUUAAUCUUAGAUCUCUUCCUUUGAACGAAGUGUCAACCCCUCGAGGCCACGAUAGAACGCCGACAGACAGGCAUCGGGGCUUUCCAGAGAGAGAACGAGACGGCUGCAGGGAGUACCGACGUGAAAGAGAUAGAGAUAAAGAUCGAGAGAGAGACAAUUUUGAAUUUGACGGUACACCAUUAAGUCCGAUAGCAUCACGUGCUCAUGAUAAAGAUUCCAACCGGCCAGUGCGUAAGUCGUCAUCCGCGCAUAAAGUGACAGAGGCGACUAUAACGACGGACAAACGACGUUUCUUCUGCAGGGAGUGGGCCUUCCAGAAGAUCGCGCAUUGCCUUGAACAGCGGCCCGUCAGCAAGACGUGCGGGGCGCUUAUACUAGGAGACGCUGGUAGCGGUAAGACUGCGCUCUGUCAGGAGUUGAGUCAGCCGGGACAAGGUCCGCAGGCGCGGCAGCAGCGCGCUUUGAACAGGCGAUUGUUGGCACGAUAUUUUUUACAGGGUGACAAUGAGAACAGUCUCCGUCCUGGUGAGUUCGUGCGGUCUGUUGCUAUGCAGAUAUUAAGUCACUCGUCGCGACGUCCGCGAACUGACGCUGAGCGAGAUCAGUCGCCGAGAGACGAUUCUACUCCGCUCACUAACAGACGUAAUUCGGAAGAAGAACGAUUAAUACAGCGGUUCAGUGAAUUAGGCGAUGAUGGCGAGGAAAGUUCGAAGCCAUUGCUUGCGGAUAGUGAAGAGCAGCGUACAGAUGAGGAGGAGUGCGGCAGCGGGCGGCGCACGCGCACCAUAGAUCGCAUACAUGAGAGAGAUGCCUACACUGACUCCAUGCCCACAGCCUCCCAGCAACAAAAUGAGUUGCCCGAAAUCUUGCCACGUUCGAGCGUGAAAGCAACAAAUCCUUUCAUAAACGAUGAAAACAAUCCCGAUUUCCGUUUGUACGAAAAUCACGAGAAUCUAUUUUUACGUAACAUUUCGCAACGUCAAUCCAAAGAAAUGAGAAAUUCACGACUUUUGCGACAAAGCUCCGAACCUUUGAAUGAAAAGAAGCCAACUUUAUUACAAAAAAGUCUAUCUACGGAACAAAAGAACGAAAGUUCCAGUGAAAAUGAGAAGCCUAAAGUUGAAAAUAGUCCUCCGAAAUCUCGAAUACCUGUCGCUAACUUUCGAUAUCCGAAUAAAAGUGAUUUACGUCCUAAUUCAAAUGAAAACUCUCCACAUAAAAGAUUAGAUGAUAAAAAGGAACGACCAUCAUCGCCUAAAGCAGAAGAAUCUGAACUGCCAGAAUACCAAAAUAUAUUAACACAAGAGAUAGUAAACGAACAAAUUGAUAUAGAAAAGUUAUUAGAAAAGAAACGAUCAGAGAGUGAAGAUAUGCCUCCUCCUAUUCCUAGUCUACCUAUCAGUCCUAGGACGUUAAUAGCUAACGCAUAUUAUGACAAGCUGCUGUCAGAACCGGAGAUACAGCAAGCGUUACUGCCGCAUAACUUAGAGAAGAAUCCAGAUGAAUGCUUCAAGAAGGCUCUGUUGUUCCCUUUACUAGAGAUUGAUCCACCAAAACAGUGUUUGUUUUUACUCGUGGAUGCUAUAGAUGAAGGAUCUAUAAGUGGUCAAACUCAAAGCGAGAGUUCAGACAGUGUUGCGGCGCUGUUAGCUCGUCACCAACACUUGCUGCCGCACUGGUUGCUGCUUGUGUGUACUGCACGACGACAUUGCAAAGGACUCACUAAGAUGUUCACUGGUUUUCGAAAGAUAACACUAGACGAGCUGCAGCGUGCUCACGUGUCUGCUGACGUACAGCGCUACGUACUCGCACGUCUAGACACAGAGCCCAAACUAAGAGCACGUGUUUCGAGUGACUCCGCGGCUGCGGCGGCGGCUGCUGCUGCUCUCGACCAUCUCCGCAUCAAGAGUGACGGCUGCCUGCUGUAUCUAGAAAAGGUACUGGACGGUGUAGCGGAUGGAUUUAUUGCUUUGCGCGAGAUAAGAGAAAUACCUGGUACUCUCAACGGGCUGUAUCUGUGGCUGGCGCAAAGAUUGUUUCAUGGACGGCGAUUCACUAAGGUCCGUCUUCUGCUGGAUGUGCUGCUGGCGGCGCGGUGCGGCGUCACCGAGGAGAUGCUGUACAAGUGCCUGCUCACAAAGGAGUACAGCGUCACUAGAGAAGAUUUCAAUAGGAGGCUGCAUCUGCUGAGGAGGAUACUAGUGAUGGAGCGGUCGACUGGAUUCCUCUCCAUCUUCCACCACUCCUUCGCUGCUUGGCUAGUGGAUGUGAAGCACUGCACGCGACGCUACCUCUGCUGUCCCCCCGACGGACACGCCGCCAUCGCCAUGUACUACACACUUGAUGCUAAGAGAUUAAGUGCAUUAGAGAUUCAUAACUAUGUGUACCAUAUGACACAUUUGGAGCAACAUAUGGCCGCGCAGAAGAAAAACAAACAAGAAGAUCAAGAUGAUGCACUGGAUCUCCACACGCUGAUCCUGCUCUGGGUGUUGGACUCGGGAUGUGAUGUUGAGUCCGCUUUGAAGAGAGAAACUGAAUCUAUUAAACAAAUUGAACAUACUGAUUCUGAGAAUAAUGAAAUAAAGCCGGAAGAAAAGGAAUUGGAUCCAGAAUCUGAAGGCAAGGAUUCACUAUCAGAGCCGUCAGCCCUAGAGUCACUAAUGCCGGAGCUAGUGGGCGGCGGCGACGCGCAGUGGCCGCGUGACCGUCGCGUGAUGCGCGCGUUGCUCGAGCUCAGCCGCGCCGAGCCCACACCCAACGUGUCAGACAGCGAACACCUUGAUGAUAUUCAAGAUUUACAUGAUUUGUUAUCCACGGAGCAGGUAAUGGAGGGUGAAGAGACGCAGGAGGGAAGCGCGGAGGAGCCGGAGGAGGUGGUGGUGGACCCCGCCACAGUGCACGAGCUCGCCACGCGCGGGGAUGACGAUACACUCGCUAUACUAUUGAAGCGGUACCCGCAGCUAGCUCUAGCUACAGACACAUCAGGCAGCACGGCGCUGCACGCUGCGGCGAGGGGAGGACGCGCGGGGUGCGCGGCGCUGCUGCUCCGUGCUGGCGCUGAUGCCUCCGCAGCUGAUGCUGAUGGCUGGAGUCCUUUGCGAGCUGCAGCCUGGGCUGGACAUAGCGAGGUAGUAGAAGUUCUGCUUGAACAUGGCUGUGACGUGGACUGUGUUGAUGCUGAUAAUCGAACUGCACUGAGGGCGGCGGCGUGGUCAGGACAUGAGGCGGUGGUGGCGCGGCUGCUGGCUGGUGGUGCUCGGCCUGACCUGGCGGAUGCUGAGGGACGCACUCCGCUCAUCGCCGCCGCAUACAUGGGACAUGCUGACAUCGUGCGCGCUCUUCUUGACGCUGGAGCUGAUGUUGAUCACUCGGAUGCGGAUGGUCGCACAGCUUUAGCAGUGGCUGCGCUGUGUGCUGCGGGCGCGCCCUGCGCAGCACUGCUCAUAGAGCGGGGAGCGGAUGUGCACAAGGCGGACAGAGACCGCGCCACACCGCUACUGGUGGCUGCCUUCGAGGGGCAUACUGAAAUUUGCGAGUUACUACUGGAAGCGGAGGCAGAUAUUGAGGCGAGUGACAUGGCGGGGCGCACAGCGCUGUGGGCGGCCGCGUCCGCUGGCCACGCGCGCACAGUGCGCCUGCUGCUCUUCUGGGGCGCCUGCGUCGACAACAUGGACGCAGAGGGCAGGACUGUACUCAGCACCGCAGCGGCACAAGGCAAUGUGGAAGUGGUCAGACAGCUGCUUGACCGAGGUCUCGACGAGCACCAUAGAGAUAAUUCUGGUUGGACUCCUCUUCAUUAUGCUGCUUUUGAAGGUCAUGUAGAAGUGUGCGAGGCGCUGCUGGAGGCGGGUGCGAAGGUAGACGAGGCGGACAAUGACGGCAAGGGUGCGCUGAUGCUGGCAGCGCAGGAGGGACACACCCGACUCGUCGCGCUGCUGCUCGACGACUGGGCAGCGCCUGUAGAUCAGCACGCGCACGACGGCAAGACUGCUCUUAGGUUGGCAGCAUUAGAGGGCCAUUUCGAGACGGUCGCAGCGCUGCAGGAGCGCGGCGCAGACGUGGACGCGCUGGACGCGGACAGACGUAGCACUCUGUAUGUGCUUGCGCUCGACAACCGGCUCGCUAUGGCGCGUCAGUUGCUCGCGUGCGGUGCCAGCGUACACUGCAGUGACAGCGAGGGACGUACUCCGCUACAUGUAUCCGCCUGGCAAGGUCACACGGAAAUGGUGAAUUUACUUAUAACUGUCGGUGGCGCUCGUGUGGAUGGACGCGAUCGUUGCGCGCGCACGGCGUUGCACGCGGCGGCGUGGAGAGGCAGGACAGCGGCGCUGAAGGCGCUGUUACGACACGGUGCUUCGCCCUCCGCAGUUUGCACACAGGGUGCUACACCCCUCGGUAUCGCGGCACAAGAGGGGCACGAGGAGUGCGUGCUAUGGCUUCUGCAACAUGGAGCUGAUCCCAUGCAGGCUGAUCACUGUGGUCGUACUCCAGCCAAGGUGGCGUGGCGUGCAGGACAUGCUAACAUCUGCCGUCUGCUGGAGCGCUGGGCGGCGCCAUCCGCGCCCGCUGUACCCGUAGCGACUGCUGCACCACCAGUGCCCGCUCUAGAAGAACUGCCGCGACCUAGACCUGCAGGUUCGCCGGAUUACAAACGUCGUAGCGUACACAGUUCUAACUCGACAAAAUCGUCGUCUAACUUGACUGGUGGGUCUGCUCGUUCACACGAACAACCAGAACAAGAUAUGUCAACACAUGAUAAGACAAAUAGAGCCAAUCUAUCGCUCUCAUUCGCCCAGCAAGUGGCGCGAUGUGGUCGAAGUCGUCGCGAGAAAGAGAGAGACGAACCUAUACCGGAACAUCACGCGGUAGAAAAAGAUGCUAAACUAAGAAGCUACAUAGCUAAUGAGCGCGACGCAGAGCUACAAGGGUAUGCGCGUGCGCGGGGCCGAGGGCGGGACAGGCGGCGCGAGGAGCGACACGGCUGCGACCGCGACACCUCCCCGCUCUACGCCUCACCGCCCCGCAGCCCCCUCAGUGAUGUCUGCAGCCCCACUGCCCCCGCACCCGCCCCCGCCCCCGCCCCACACGCACCACAGCCCUUAGCCGCAUUCGGAUCCCAGCCGGCCAGCCUGAGCGGUGUGCAGCCUGUGGUGACGGAUACGCACUUCAACCGAGACACGCACAUGCGUAUUAUAUUGGGCCGUGACAACAAGACACCCGGUGACAGGCAAGACAGCGAGGUGUGGAGUAGGCGGGGCCGGGCCGCUUACACCAGCAUAGUGGGCAGUAUCGACAGAGCGCGCGGACGAAUAUUUAAAAAAACUAAAAACAAAAGGAACGGCAUCGUGACCAAUCCAGCGAUGCGGCUUGUGAACAAUGUGAGGAAUGGUCUUGAUAAUGCUGCAGCGAAUAUUCGGCGUACGGGUGUUGCGCUCGCAGCUAGCGCCAGUUCCGCCAACCCAGCUGUCAAGACAAACGCUUUCCAGUGGCGCAAAGAGACACCGCUCUAAAAUAGAUGGCGCUGUCU